GGCUGGGAACAUGACACAGCUGCGCUCGGCGAGACCCCGUCUCCACACCCGAUUUGCCAUGAAAAACUAGGUGUCCUACGAGAACUUGGCCUCCAGUCUGUGUGUGAAGAACUUUUGUGAAUGAAUAAGUUGGCCUGCCACAUUGAAAAGAGUUUGGUAAGCUGGCACUGCUGCCAGGAUUUGGGAACGGGGGAGCGGGGAGGGUUCCGUAUGCUUUUCAACGCACUCAACCUAUGGCACCAGUGGCCGCUGGAAAUUGCUUUCUAUAAGUUUGGCAACUUCAGUCAAGGAUCACUUGUUAUAGAACCUUAGUCAAUGGAUUUACCGCCCUCAAUACUACAACUUUUUAACUGUACUUUCUCUCUAGGCUAGAAAUCGUGAAGCAUGGGUGACUGGAGCUUUCUCGGCCGGCUCUUAGAGAACGCACAGGAACACUCGACCGUGAUCGGCAAAGUCUGGCUGACCGUGCUCUUCAUUUUCAGGAUCCUGGUGUUGGGUGCCGCUGCAGAGGAGGUCUGGGGCGACGAGCAGUCGGACUUCACCUGUAACACGCAGCAGCCCGGCUGCGAGAAUGUGUGUUACGACGAGGCCUUUCCCAUCUCGCACAUCCGCUUCUGGGUGCUCCAAAUCAUCUUCGUGUCCACGCCGACGCUCAUUUACCUGGGCCAUGUACUGCACAUUGUUCGAAUGGAGGAAAAGCGAAAAGAGAGCGAGGAGGAGCUUCGAAAGGCCAGCCGGCUCCGGGAGGAGAAAGAUCUCCGAUAUAGAAACGGAGGGGGAGAGGAGCCCGGCGGUCGGGGUGGGGGCAAGAAAGAGAAACCGACAAUUAGAGAUGAGCAUGGAAAGAUCCGCAUUAGAGGUGCCUUGUUGUGCACCUACGUGUUCAACAUCAUUUUCAAGACCCUGUUUGAAGUGGGCUUUAUUUUAGGUCAGUAUUUCCUUUAUGGAUUCCAGUUGAGGCCCCUGUAUAAGUGCGCGCGGUGGCCCUGCCCCAACAUGGUGGACUGCUUCAUUUCCAGACCCACGGAAAAGACCAUCUUCAUCAUAUUUAUGCUUGUGGUGGCUUGCGUGUCCCUUUUGCUGAAUUUGUUCGAAAUCUAUCACCUCGGAUGGAAGAAGGUCAAACAAGGCAUGACCAACGAAUUUACCCCCGACCACGAGCUGCUGCCCGAUUCCGAUGCAGCCGAGCCGGAGUCCUCCGUCGUGUCGCCCAGGACUGCCCCUCCCACCCUCAGCUACCCGCCGGACUACACGGAGGUGGCAGUGAGUAGUGGCGCGUUCCUGCAGCCCAUGUCGGGGUCCUCCACGGCCGAGUUCAAGAUGGACCGUUUGCACGAGGAGCUGGAGGAGUCUUCCCCUUUCUACAUCAGCAACAACAACCACAAGCUGGCCGCUGAGCAGAACUGGGCCAACCUGGCCACCGAGCAGCAGACUCGGGAGAUGACCGGCGCCUCCCCUUCCCCUUCCUCCUCCUCACGUUCCUCUGAUAACGGGCGGCAAGUCAAAGACGCGGCUCAGCUCACCGGCACCUCCACCGGGGGCAGUUUGAGCAUGGGGACGGAGGAGGGGCACGUCACCACCACGGUGGAGAUGCACGAGCCCCCCGUCAUUUUUACUGACGCUCGCCGACUGAGCAGAGCUAGUAAAGCCAGCAGCGUAAGAGCGAGACCCAGUGAUCUGGCAGUUUAGCGGCUCUCUAGCUCAACCCCAAACAUAAACAGACACACAAGAGAGGAAAUGAGAGGCAGAUUGCUGGAAGAUAAAAAGAUUCAUAAAUAUUAAUGCAUUUAUAAAAGUUACACGGGUGUGCAGUCAGUGAGUUCAGUCAGAUCUUAUGUUAUUGUAGGCUACAUGCAUAUGGAAAAGCAUAAUACUUCUCAAUUUGGCCUUAUUACAAUCAUUUUUUUGGCUAGUGUUGUGGAUACACUCAACUUUUCAUUCCUUUGAUUCAUACGCAUUUGGAAGACCGGAAACACAAGCUCAUGGUAAAUUUAGUUGCUGAAAGGAUUUAUGACCUGCGGAUUUGUGUCACAUGAAAAUGUGUUGCCGGUUGAAGAUCAAUACGUGAUGCCGUAAACGUUUAAAAAAUCCAAGAUGGAAGAAUCAAUGAUAAUAGCAAUACUGCAAAAUCUAAAAUGUUGGUUAAAUUAAAUAAAUAAAUAAACGCGUGUGAAAAAGUGUGAGGAGAAUUGUUUUUAACACUGAACUAUAAUUAUUAACCAAAUUGAUGUCAUGUUACCUGAAUUAAUUGAAAAUAGUAAUCCUAGUAUAAGCAGAAUAAUGGAAUAUUAUUACAACGUGCAUUAGAGUUCUAAUAAUUUUAUGGUCUAUCAAAUGUUAGUGCUACAAGUACUAUGUGCCAUAUGCAACUGGUAUUUUUUUGCUAUUCCUACUUGUAAAUGAAGCUUUUGGGACAACUCACUGACUGACAUCCUGAGAAACUGGGUGCACCCUUUAAUCGUUGCAUUAAGAAAUGGAAGAAAAUUAGGCUGCAAUUAUGGACUUAAAGAAAUAAGUAAAUGAUAUAAUGACCUCUUUUGGAUCUUUUAUGAUAAAAGGUAAUACAGAGAAGGUUUCUCAUAAUACUUAUGAGAAAAUGUAAUGUAUUAUUAAUACUUACAUAACAAAUUAUAUUUAAACGGUUGCAUUUUUAUAUUUGAGCAAAUGCCAUUUUAAAUGAUAAAACUGUAUCUGCUUGAAGCGAAGAUCAAAUUCACAAGCACCCAUUACUUGAACAUUUUAAAACUUUGUCAAUUAUACAGGCACAUGCCUCCACAUUUCCUCACUUUAGAGGAGAGAUGAAGACAUGUUGGGGAGAAACCCAAAGUGAAAAGCACAUAGCUCUAUGAAAGUGGAAAACCUUAUCGCAUUACUAUGAAAUAUACAUAGUAAUUUACAAUAUUUACAAAUGAAAGUAUUACUGAAAGAAAGUAAUAUUUGACAGUGAAGUAUUUAGAUAACUGUUGUACUACUGAAUGGUGCAGAGCAUGUAUUUCUCUGGACCAUGUUUUUCCCCACUUUUUUAAAUCCCAUGAUCUGAAGUUUACAUCCUGCUUCUAUAUUACAUUUGAGAGUUUUAACACGUGUCCAAUUUUACCAUCAGAUACAUUUUGACAAUCUGGCAAACUCUAUAUACUGUAUGUGGUAUCAUUAUUGGUUUUAUUACAAAACGUUUGAAAAAAAAGAAAAGAAAACAAAGUUGGUUGAGAAUGCGUACAAAACAGUUUUUCUGUAGUCGGUUCCCGGUUUCCAAAGUAGUUACUUUAAAAUGGACAUUCAAUGAUGCUGAAGGUGUCUUAUGCUGAUAUGGAGAUUAUCUCUUGUUUUGUACAGUUUCAGGUUACUGUUGGUCCUUAUCAAAACUGACUGCUGCUGUUAUAAGCUAUAACAUGCACAGCCUUCUGUCACAGUGCCAGUAAAGAUAGGAAACAGCAGAUAAACUCUCACACAUUUGACUCGGGUUUUGGGGAACCUUUACUUUUUGGGACCUCUUUAAACAUGAUGUACUGUAUCAGGUAUAUACUACAUGCUUUCAGUCCAUUUAAAGAGACAGGCAGCCCUAAAAGAGAAACACUAUACCGAACAGAGACAGUGCAGGUUUGCGCUUAAUACAGUAUUGUUUUUUAUCAGAUCAUAGUAUCUACAAAUGUAUGUUAUUUAUUUCCUGCUGUUUAAUGUAUCCCAAAUGAAAGUGUGUUAUUUUGUCAUUCUUGGUUCUUAAAGUUUACAUUUUAGUAAAUAGUUGAAGAUUUGCACAUUUAGGCGAAACAACACACUGUUCAAGAAUUCUUACAUAGGUAGAAAAGACGGAAAUAUUUUUUGAUCCUUAAAGGAAAAUGUCUUAAUGGUAAAACUUGUUGUGUUAAUGGCAGUGUUAUUACACUUAAAUAACAUCAAAUGUAAUUUCUAAAACAGCACUUGUAGAGUAUAAGAAAUAUACACGUUUCCAGUGUUUUGAUUUUAGGACUGUUGUGAUGGACCGCAGGAAAUUUGAACAUUUUUCAUCAAUUCUGAAUUUGAAUUGGCCAGCCAGCUCCUUCUCCUUUCUCGAUCCGUUUGUAGUGUAUUUAGUAUCAGCCCAUUCUUCUCAGAUAACGCUCAUUUCUUGAUCUUACUGAACUGAUUUUCUCAAGCAGAGCUGAUUAUUCUGACCAAUCAGGGAAAUGAACCACCUACAUAUGCUCAGAACAGCAGCCUGUUUCAAUGCUGUCUUAAGAGA